CCCUCGCCUCUCCCCCCGCCCCCGCCCCCGCACCCGCACCCCUUGCAACCUCUCCCCUCCGCCGCCAUGCUUUCUCUCCGCAGCGGCCUUGCCCCGGCUACGCGCCAUCUAAUGCUCGCCCAGCGCUCGGCGGGCCUCCUCGCGCCCCGGUGCCUGAUGUCCACCCAGACUUCCGCCGGGCAGCAGACCCCGCCCCCGCCGAAUGGCGACGCCCCCAAGCCGGAGGAGGAGACCAAGAAGCUCUCGCUGGCGGAAAAGAUGAAGCAUAUGACCAAGACCUACGGCCCGGUGGCCAUCGGUGUCCACUCGACCGUCUACAUGGUGACCAUCUCCAGCAUGUAUGUGGCCCUCAAGAGCGGCGUCGACGUGACCAGCCUCAUGAGCAAGGUCGGCCUGGACCGGCUGAUCGACCUGUCCACGCUGGACCCCAACUCUGGCACCCUGCUGAUGGCCUUCAUCCUGGCCAAGUGCACGAGCCCCAUCCGCACCCCGCUCACUCUGGCCCUGACCCCGCCGGCCGCGCGCAUGGUCGAUCGCACCCUCAUCCGCAUGGGCUACCCCCCGCGCUUCACCGGCAAGAAGCCCGCCCCCCCGACGUCGCCCUCUUCCGACGGCAACAAGGGUGACUCCAACCCGUCGGCCUAAUGCCCGCUGCCCCCCCCCCCCCCUCCUCCUUCUCCCUGACUGUCGCCAGGGAUACGCUCUCCCUCAGAGCCCGCCCAGCUGUGCCCUCCCCCGCGUCUCCCGACGCCGGCGACCUCACGCGCACAUGCACAUGCACACGCCCAUCUCCCCUCUUCUUGCUGGCAUUAUCUCCUCAUAUUGCCUCUCCCCCCCUCCCCUCUCCCCCGCAUAAAAAGCACUCUGAAUGCCCUCCUCCCCGACACAGUGAUUUUAGCUGGCCCCUGUCAGACGCACAAAAUACACCA